AUGUCUGGGAGCUUUGUGCUGAAAUCCGAUCCCAACGUCUUCGUGCUUAUGGAUUUGAAGAGUGGUAAUCUCGAAUUCCUUUUCCUCUUCGGGCUUUCGGGGUGGAUUUACUCCUACUGUCUGGGCAUCGAAUGUAAGGCCCGCGGGGGUUUUCGAUACGUGUAUCAGCAGUGGUCUAUUGGUAUAGGUGUGCACAUGAGAGUUGACUCUGGGAAGGAGAUGGGAUAUAAAUUGAUUUGUGUUCAUACUGCGACCAUACCCACUUAUUUUAUGAAAUUGAAUAAUAAUUAUUGCAUAGUGGUGAGCACCUCGAUUUCCUAUUGUGCUCAUCCCCACCUGCUCUUCAUUGAUGCAGGGAUUGUACUCCCUGGUAUUUAUGGAUUGAUGAACCCAGUUUUGGGAAUUGAUGUCAUUUAUGAACCCGGUUUGGGAGUUGACUACUUAUGA